AUCUCCUUCACUGGCGAGUGAGGAGGAAAAUCAGCUGAAGGGAAACACUGCUGGAUACUUCAAACCAUGGCUGCGGAGAUCCACUCGAGGCCCCAAACCGCCAGACCGAUCCUUCUCAACAAGAUCGAAGGCCACACAGACGCUGUCAAUGCGGCCGUUUUAAUACCAAAAGAAGAUGGAGUGAUCACGGUCAGCGAGGACAGAACCAUCCGAGUUUGGCUGAAAAGAGACAGCGGUCAGUACUGGCCGAGCAUCUACCACACAGUGUCCUCUCCGUGCUCCUGCAUGUCGUACCACCAUGACAGCAGACGCAUCUUCAUAGGCCAAGACAAUGGAGCUGUUGUGGAGUUUCUUAUCUCUGAAGACUUCAACAAGAUGAACCAUGUAAAAACAUAUCCAGCCCACCAGAACCGUGUGUCAGAUAUGGUGUUCUCCCUGGAGAGCGAGUGGGUGGUGAGCACUGGCCACGACAAGAGUGUGAGCUGGAUGUGCACCCAGAGCGGCAGCAUGCUGGGGAGACACUACUUCACAGCCUGGGCCUCCUGCCUACAAUACGAUCAUGAGACGCAGCAUGCCUUUGUUGGCGAUUACUCAGGACAGAUCACGCUGCUGAAACUGGAGAAGCAGACGUACUCCACCAUCACUACACUGAAGGGGCAUGAAGGUAGUAUAGCGACCCUGUGGUGGGACCCUGUCCAGAGGCUGCUGUUCUCAGGGGCCUCCGACCACAGCGUCAUCAUGUGGGACAUCGGGGGCCGCAAAGGACGAACGUUACUGUUACAGGGACACCAUGAGCGUGUUCAGGCCCUGCGUUACCUCCAGUUGACCAGGCAGCUGGUGUCAUGCUCAGCCGACGGAGGCAUGGCAGUGUGGAACAUGGACACACAGAGAGAAGAGGCGCCCCAGUGGUUAGAUAGCGACUCUUGUCAGAAGUGUGAGCAGCCUUUCUUCUGGAACAUAAAGCAGAUGUGGGACACUAAGACCCUGGGGCUCAGACAGCACCACUGCAGGAAGUGUGGCAAGGCUGUGUGUGGGAAAUGUAGUUCUAAACGCACCACGUUUCCGAUCAUGGGCUUCGAGUUCCCGGUGCGGGUGUGUGACGCCUGCUUUGAAUCCAUCAAAGAUGAAGAUCGAACGCCAUUGGCCACCUUCCACGAGGGGAAACACAACAUCGCCCACAUGGACAUGGACCCAUCCAGAGGCCUGAUGGUCACUUGUGGAAGCGACCGCAUUGUUAAGAUCUGGGAUGUGACGCAGGUGGUUGGCUGUAGCUUAGCAACAGGCUUCUCCUCGCGCUGAUUGGUCCAGCCCAACUACAUGCCCCCACCCCCUUCAUGCUCCGCCCACUCUUCCACUGUCAUGGAAACCCCUCUGUACAGUACAUCUCCCCAUCACUGCUGGGAUCCUCUGCUACAACCAGGCCUGCUCUCGGUGAAUGUGUGCGUGGGUGUGCGUGUGUAUGUGUGUGUCUGUGUGUGUCUGUGUGUGUGUAUCGACAGUCCUCCACAUUCUUGUUGCUUCUCAAAACAAAUCUUUACUUUCACUAACCGUCAGUCCUACAUGAAAGUAUGUGUGGCUAAUUUUUCGACUUUUUGCUCUGAUCCGAAACAGAACCCGAAGCACAAUUUUGUGUGUGCGCGUGUGUGUGUGUGUACAUGUGUGCAUGUAUCGUAAUGGUUUCUCCUGUUGGGAGGAAUGGUAUUGGUAUUAGUGUUUACAUUAUAUUAAAUUUUUCCCAUGCUUCUUUUGACAAAGGUCAUUUUUUUUAUUACCCUCAUACUGUAAAGUUAGGUUUCACUAAAGCGCUGACCUGGCAAUCCUGUACAAACAUACACUAGCUUGCUUAUUACUGUGGCCCACUAACUACCUAUUAAUCAGUCACUGUAACGUAACAAACAAACCCUAACCAUCUGUAUAUAGCCCAGCAUCAUGUGUAUAGUCAGUCGAUGGUUGCUUGAAAUGACUCACUGAUCAAAGCGAUCAGCUUUUUCUGUCUUUCUUUCCUCUCUUUUUCAGCUUUCUUUUCUUUCACUAGUUGGCCUUAAAUCACUCUCAGGAGGUUUUACAUCAGUAGGUUGUCACUGGGCGGGGGCUCGUCAUGUCAGUUGUAACCAUAAUUAAUGUGUAAUCACUCAGCGCGAUAAGGGAAUCAAUAGAACAGCCCGUUUUUUUCAUAUACAAAGUAAAUCUCUUGAUACACUCAGAGAUGCUGCCGUUGAAAUUUGAUGUGUUUGUCAGAUGCUUGCAUGACAUCACUGACCCAGCCAGGUGAGGCAUGGGAAAUAUGAAAAGCAUUACCAUAGUAACAUGCACCGACAGCAGCAGCAUUUAACACCCUGUUGCAGCCGUCCUGAGGUGGACCAGUCAGACUACAAUUCAAGAUUUGAGGAGCUGGGAUCAUUUCAGCCUCCAAUAUUGUUUUGGCAACAACAAGUUUAAAGGGACAGUUCACCCCCAAAUCAAAAUACAUAUUUUCCUCUGACCUGUGUUGCUGUUUAUCAGUCUAGAUUGUUUUGGUGUGAGUUGCAGAGUGUUGGAGAUAUCAGCCAUAGAGCUGUCUGCCUUCUCUUCAGUAUAAUGAAAGUAGAUAUCACUCGACUUGUGGUGCUCAAAGUACCAAAAAAUGUCUCUUCCAGACAUCAUUAACUGGUUACUCAAGAUAUUCCACAGACUUUGUUUUGAGCAGUUUCAUGUAGAAACUAUUUUCUUCCCACCUUAUCACACAUGCUUCCUUCUGUGUGGUGAUGCAGUUGGUGGGUGUAGUUCGGUAGAAAGAAAAUAGUGCCUACCUGAGACGGCAGUGUAUUUAGAAAGCCAGACGAUAAGAUUUUCAAUAACCUCAAAAACACAGAUGCAUAUCUCUAUUAAACUCGUACAGAGAGGCUGUAUAUCAGAUGUAUUAUACAUAGUGCUACUGGUGGAACAGGUGGAACAGGUCAGCUGAGCUAGGAAACAUGGCAACUGCAGGUGCUGGGGAUAACGUUACAAGACUGUCGAUGUGAACAGCAUAGAGAGACUGCAGAGAGAGAUUGGCGACAUUAUAACUUGCAGGAUACAAAGACACAGCAUUUGUCCUUAUCUGGACACAUUUUCCCCACAAAUACAACAUGCUAAUGUUAUUAGCAUAAGCCUAUGGCAUUUUACAUUGUAUAAAUUAGCCUAGCAGCUAGCAAAGUUUUCCUCUACUCAUAUGAAGCCAGGGACAACAGCAACAUUUAACAAAGGUAACGUUAGAAAAUUCAGCUCCAUUACAGCUCACAAGGUUCACUGACAAAACAACUGUCUGAUACUAAACACGUUUUCCAAACAAAUACAACAUGCUAACAUUAUUAGCACACGCCUAUAGCAUUUUACAUUGUAUAAAUUAGCCUAGGAGCUAGCGGAGAUUUCCUCUGCUCAUAUGAAGCCAGGAUAAAUCACACACAUGACUUGUGUCACCGCGGUGUGUAGUUUGUGUGACAUUGGUUUGCUGCAGAAGUAUAAAUCCAACUUGACUAAGAGUUUCUGUUGAUUUACAGUAAGGAGUGUUUUAGGAUGAGUUAACAAGUCAGUUAAGAUAGUUUGUUGAAGGCAAGACACUUGAAUUCAGAAAGUGUAUCGUCGUAUUUUUGUGUUUAGUAAGGAAAAUAGAUGAAAGAAUAAAGUAUUACCUUUUUUGACAUUUUGUUGAUUGUUUUAGAGCAUUCAUUGUUUGUUAGACUUAAAACAUAGCAAACUGGGAGGUCUGGAUUAUUUUGAGUGAUUGGGUCAUAAUUUUCUUUUUAGUUGCAUUAUAUUCGAGAGAAGGCAGACAUCUCUCAAAGUCAUCUCUCCAACGCUCAGUAACUCACAACAAAACAAUCUAGAUACAUAAACAGCAAUACAGGUAAAAGGAAAAAUACGUAUUUUUGAUUUUGGGGGUGAAAUGACUCUUUAAACAAUGUAACAGAUAUUUAUCAGCCUCUGUGAAGAACUUUAAUUGUGUAUGUGGAUAUCACACAGCACUCAAGGUUUAUACCCAAGAUUCUAACACCUCAUGAGAAUUACUUUCUAUCUUUAAUUUAAAAAAAAAAAAAAAAAAAAAAAAAAACAUAAAUAUUGCAAGUUUUUUUUUGUGGUGCAAAAUUGGCUCUUCUCUCACUAGAAAGGCACUUAGGUUUUGGAGAGGUACUCUAAACUACAUGUAGCACUAAAUGCUGGCGUGUUGAAUCGUCCCCAGCUGAAUGGCGGGUCAGAUCAGAGCUGCCUGUGUUCCUUCAAAAGCCUUAAAGAGAGAAGGACACACUCACAAAGCCUUUUUAGUGGUUUAUCAGUGCUUACGACUGUUCGCUCAUGCUCAUUCAUGCUCAUGCACUCAGUCUGUUCUGAAGCUCUGGAUGUCUCGUUUGCAUUUCCUUUCAUCCUUUUUUUUUUUUUUUGCCCUAAGCUCUCCUGUCCCCCCCUCCCAUCUGUGUAUCAAGGAUGUCUCAUACCGCUCUCACCACUGCACUGAAUUGCACAAACUCGUGGUCUUUUGUCUUUGAAUGAAACAACAUUUUUUUGUAAGUUCAGAUUUGGGUCGGGUAAUAGCUGGAUUCGAUGUAGCGUCCCUGUAAAUAACGGCUAGUAUCUUCUAAUGUUAGACUAACGCUUGCCUUAUUGUAAGUGGAAAUAAAUAGCAUUAUAAUGUGGGAAUUCCUGAUUUUCAAAAUGUAGUCACAUUCCAGGUUUUUGAUCAUGUAGUGUAUAUUUAUAUUUGUAGUAAAGUAUUUAUCUAUUAUCAUUGUAAAGUGUUGUUUACUUUUCUUUGUGCCCAUUCAGCAGAAGUAGAACAUGUCAAACAUUAAUGAAGCACAUGCAAACUGAGUGAUGGACUGCAGUGUCAGAUCAGGCAGUAUUUUACAUCCUAAUGCGGACAGAGAUUGAUUGGUUAAUCAAUAUGACCACUGUUGUUUCCCAUCAUCAACACCUUUCUCCAUGAUAGUUAGAUGUCACACAUUAAUACUUGGGGUUAGACUGAAAGCUGAUAUUUAUUCAUUCUGUCAGUGGCCAAUAUUUUUACACGAAUGUUCAUUAUGUUUAAUUUUUUCAUUCACCUCCAAACAAACAAGAACUUUUUCUCCUUCAGCGUCUACGUCUGUAUUCUGGUACAAUCAAACAUGCCUUAAAAUACUCUUCUUAAUUAUUAAGAAAUACAAAUAUGUUUUUAAAGCUCUAUUAAUUGAUUGAUAGUUGGUUAUGACCACUUAUGUGCAGCCAAACAGCCUGAAAAAACUGACGUCUCAUUUUACAAAGAUGAUAUGGUGAAUGUGUAAUCAGGCAGCUGCCUUUUUACACAACGUGGAGCAACAUAAUAGACCAAAAAAAGAAAAAGCUAAUAUGCCCCAUAUAGCUACAUAAAACUUCAAAGUUGGGUGAUGGUUCUUCUUUCUGUCACUAAAAACAACACAUCUCAUGUUCACAUUUAGUAAUUUUAUUCAGUGUUAAUAUAAAAAUACUUGAUUUGUGCAGCUUUAAAAGAGCUAGUAAAAAAUGUAAAAUGUGAAAGCUGUAAUAACUGAUGUAGUUCUGGGAACCACUACGGAGAGUGGCACAAAUUAUAAAACUGCCUAUUCACACAUCAGGCGGACGAGAAGUACAUUAGCAUUCAUUUGAACACCUGUUUCCAGACAGUUGAUGAAUGUGAGUCCAAAUUAAUGCAAGAAGAACUGAUCAUUUUGUGGGUGAAGUAUUCCUUUAAAGACAGAACCCUCCAUAUAGCUGGGGAAAUGCAGAAUUUGGUGAUGAAUCCUGAUGGAUUUGUCACAACAAGUGACCCCCCAUCAAAAUACACAAAGUCAUUUGAUCCGUGGUGUAUAAGAAAUUUGAGAAGUUUAGCUCUUUUGCACUCUUACUGUCGCCAAACCUCUGCUAUUUUAGAAAAAGACAACGUUAACUAGCUCAUAAACAACUUCUGGUCAAGGGGCAGUAUGCAGGCAUGGUAUUAGCAAGGGAUACAAAAGCAGGCUAAUAUUCUGACAAAAUACGCAAACCCCACUCACCUGGGUUUACAGCCACUCAGCAAAUUUGUGUUUCCUAAGAUAGCGAAGGCAUGACCUGCCCUACUUGCCUUACUCUGCUUCUGAUUGGCUCACCCUGACAUUCUUAAGGCCAAACACACCGGCAGCGAACGUCACGCAUCCAAAAUUAUGCCCCUAUUAUUACGCCCCUAUUAUUUUCAAUCUACAACCCAAACGCUGGUGGCCAGACGCAUGUCCUGGACGGCACUUCACGCCACUGUCCUAUUUCCAGUCUCGCCGCUCACUGAAUUAAAUGCACUUUUACACCCCACUUGCUCUCUACUUGUAUCAGUUCCCAUCGCAGCUCUUUUUCUCUGCUCCGAUGGCAGCUCGACUCCUCUCCUCACCAUUAAUGCAUAAAGAGAACUCUGUUGCUGUGUCUCCUGUGUGACAAAGAAUGGAUGAGGACAGACUCGUUGUUGAGGUCGAGAAAUAUCCCGAGCUAAUCGAUCCACAGUCCCGUCAUUGUAAAGACCAAAAACAUAUUGCCUGGCGGGUCAUAGCUCUGGAGAUCGGAUUUUCAGGUGAGAAAUUGAGUUUAAUUAGUGGGUGUUUUCAAAUGAUUCUAAGCUAACGCAGAGGUGGAGGAAGUACAGAUCUUUCAGUGUAAGUAGUAAUAACUUUGCGUGGUUGUCUGUUGACGGGCUGCAGCCUGACGUAUCCAGUGCAUGUUCACAUUUAGUGCACUUGACGCGCGUUAACCAAUCCCACUCCUCUUGCCUUAACCUAACCAACUCAACCAACAAAGGGAAUGAGUACUAGCCAAUCAGAUGGAGAGUAGGGCAGGUCAUGCACUCACUAUCCUAGGAAAUUCAAAUUUAGGUGGGCUGUCAAUUGUUUUAAAGAAUUUAUAAUCUUACUUUCAAGCAGCUAGCUAGCUGUAGUUCAUCCCACCAGAUGGAGUCGUGGAGUAUUUACCAGCAUUUACCAACCUGUUGGCGAUUUAGACGCAGGUAACUUUGUAGUUUUACUUUGACUUACUUGUAUAUUUCUGCACAGUCUAAACAUUAAAUAAGUUCACACCAGCAGUUUCCCCCUUUAUAGAGUGAAAUCCUGAUUACAUUGAUUCUCCCAGAUGUCACAUACCUGAAUAUUGGCAAACUGAUCUCAGUCCAACCCUAAGUAUCACACAAAGUCACUUCACUAAGCGUCAUCUGGGAUCUACAGGGUUAUUGACGAUGCUGCCGUACAAUCAGGAGUCAAAGCUCUCCUUUCCUUUUUCAGUUAACCGGACAUGCUUCUUCCGGUCAUUUCUUUUUAUCACGUCCUUGUAACAGAUUGCGUUCGGUGAUAAAAGGCUUUCUGGCUGCGGAGACUGAACUCCGCAGCAGAUGGUCAAGAUGUUAGAGGUGUGAUGGACGGCAGGAUUAGCUCUUUACAGAAACAAAUUUUCAGAGCUGCCGGCUGGUCGCAGGAAGAAAGGAAAUGGAGCACUUGUAGGGGUCAUUUUGUUUCUGGUUCAUCAGACACUAGAAUGGAUGGGCUUCAUGUUGAUGAGAGGCCACAUCAACACUUUUAAACAUGACUCAUUUCCCACAACACCAUGGCCCAUAAUCUCAAACUCUGUAAAUUGACUUUUUCUCUUUGGAUGCUUGUAAAAGACAUUUGCUGUUGUUAAUGUAUCUCUCAAAAUAAUUGUAUUUUUAAAUACUUUUGUUGACAAUACAGUACUGACAUACAUCUCUCUGGGCCCUCGAACCAGGACGCACAGAGACAAAAAAGAUGCUUAAUAAAGAUAUUCUGAUAUGUUUA